CUGAAAUGAUCAGCUACUUCUCCACUCUGUUCCAUACAAUAGAAAGCUUCUGCAGCUCCUUCUGCCAGGUUCUACUCCAGCUGUAGCUGAACUCAUUAACUGAUGUGGGGAGGGGGACACAGAAUGCUGGGUGUGCAAGCUGUCUCACAUCAUUAAUCCAGCCCUUGUUGAACACAGUUGAAAAUAUUACUUCCCAGCUCUGGUAUUUGAAAACUUCAUAUUCCCUGGAUUUUGGGGGGGAAAUCACUCACAAAUCAGAUAACGACACACCGGCCCAUUCUGGAGAAGAGCAUCACAAUGAUCCCACUUACUGUGGAUUUGGUGAACAAGAAAGAGACUGUGUGUAUUUUUGGAACAGGAGAUUUUGGGAGAUCUCUAGGAUACAAGCUGAUGCAGUGUGGCUACGCUGUCGUAUUUGGAAGCCGGAAUCCCCAGACCUCUGGACUGAUCCCUCAAGGAGCCACAGUGCUACCUCAUGCAGAAGCUGCAGAAACAUCUGACAUCAUCAUCAUAGCAGUCCACAGAAUACAUUACAGCUUUCUUGAAAACCUAAAGGAAGUUCUUAAUGGGAAGGUGCUGGUGGACGUGAGCAACAACCUCAAAAUAAACCAGUACCCAGAAUCCAAUGCUGAAUAUCUUGCCCAGCUACUGCGGGAAAGCAAGGUGGUCAAAGCAUUUAACACGGUGUCAGCAUGGGCACUGCAGUCGGGCGCUUUAGAUGCAAGCAGACAGGUGUUUGUCUGUGGAGAUGACUGCAACUCAAAAGAAAAAGUGAUGGGAAUGGUCCGAAGCCUUGGCCUGACUCCGCUGGAUAAGGGAUCUCUCUUAGCAGCCAAAGAAAUUGAGAAUUACCCUUUGCAACUCUUCCCAAUGUGGAAAUACCCCAUCUAUUUCUCCCUUGCCCUCAGUGCAUUCUUCUUCUUCUACUGCGUGGUCCGUGAUGUGAUCUAUUCUCACGUUGAGAACAACAAAGACUACGUCUUUUUUAUUGCCAUCACAAUUCCAAACCGGGUCUGCCCUGUUGUGGCACUUAUCCUUCUCGCUUUGGUUUACUUGCCCGGGAUCUUCGCCGCUAUCCUCCAGUUAUACAGAGGGACAAAAUACAGCCGCUUCCCAGAUUGGCUAGAUCAGUGGAUGCUCUGCAGGAAACAGCUUGGCUUGGUUGCCUUGGCUUAUGCUUUCCUCCACGUCUUAUACACACUUGUUAUCCCUAUUCGCUAUUACGUAAGAUGGAGGAUCGGCUCCUACAUACUUACCCAGGCAUUUAACAACAAAACCGAUCCAUUCAACACUGUUAACGGCUGGCUUAGUGACUCUUACGUUUCUUUGGGUAUCCUGGGAUUCUUCCUGUUUGUCCUCCUGGGAAUAACAUCUUUGCCCUCUGUCAGCAACAGCGUCAACUGGAGAGAGUUUCGGUUUGUACAGUCCUAUCUGGGCUACCUUACGCUUGUUUUGUGCACUGCCCAUACUCUCGUCUAUGGUGGGAAGAGAUUCCUGAAUGCCCACACAUACCGAUGGUAUCUUCCUGCAGUUUAUAUCCUUUCCCUCAUUAUCCCUUGCAUUGUGUUGGCCAUGAAGUUUGUCCUUAUAUUUCCUUGUAUCGACAGACCACUGACUGAAAUUCGACAGGGCUGUGAACGGAAACCCAACACGCCUCAGAGAAACAACAGCCAUUGCAAGUCAGAGGUGUAAACUUACAGCCAGUGUGGAGCAACUUGUAUGUGAUUCCCAUGGCUCAAAAUGGCUAAUGGGCAAGCAACUGACACACCCUCAUACCUGGCUCAAAAAUUAUGCAUUUCAAAAUUGCUCUCAAACCUGAAGACCAAUAAUUCACUAAUAUCCAUCUUAUUCCUAUUCUGUGCCCAAGAUGCUGGGAGGAUGAGUGUUCUCUCCUUUCCUGGCUUUGGGACUGAAGAAAGCAAUUAUAGUCCAGUUCAGUGAUCUUUACUAUUUUUCAAUACUUUGGCAAAACAAACAACAACAACAACAACAACAACACAACACAACCCCUUCAGUGUGAGAGCCAUUUCCCACUGUGUUGACCUCCACGUGAGGGCAACACAGUGUUUUUCUCAGUGCUGGAAGGGCCCUUUAAGAGAGAUGGAACCCCUCUUUAGAGCUCUAGGAGGAAAAUACUGGGAAGGGCUACACUUCACAACACUCCUUCCAAGAUGGUGCAGGGACUCAAGCAGGGCUCCUUUCCCCUUAAAGGAGAUCCCCAGUGCUCGACAGAACACAACACUUCACAGUCGAGAAGGGUCACCUCCACAUAGUGCCAGAGAAACUAUGCUUCAGCUUUCGCCAAAGCUUUACAAAGGCCCAAUAAAUAUCAGGGAGCUGCACUUAAGGUUGAUGCAGGCUACCACUGGCACCCAAGUCUUACAAUGAAGAUCACUGGUCUAGUUGUUACCUGCUCUGCGCAGCAGAAACUCAUCUUACAGAGUUACAUUAUUGUUUAGCUUUUCUACUUGAUCGUUGUAUUCUGUUUGCUCUUGCAAAAGUACCAUUGAUAAUCUUGUCUUUAGAUAUUUUAUUAGAUCUUGAUCAUUGUGUUAUUGAUCGUUUCUUUGAUAUUUCAGUUAUGAUUAUUGAAUGUUUAGUAAUUGUGUGUGUGUGUGUGUGUGUGAGAGAGAGAGAGAGAGAGAGAGAGAGAGAGAGAGAGAGAGAGAGAGAGAGAGAGAGAGAGAGAGAGCAAAGCUAUUUACACAACCAGGAGAAAUCGGGCUAAGGGAGCCUAGCCUAAUUUCUCCUGGUCAUCUGCUGCAACGGGAGCUGCACAGCUCUCGGCAGCAAACCACCUAAAGUACCCCUCCCAUUAAACAAGGUUAGCGAAGCUAACCCCGUUUGGUUGCUUGUGUGCUGCCGCACCACGGCAACACAUGAGGAGACCCCUGCCGGGAGGCUGCAAGCAGCCUCCCUGGCUCGGGGGUCUCUCCGGGAUGCCCUGCACGCUUGCACAAGGCAUCCUGGUAUUCCCGGGGGCCAUGCAGCCCCCGAUCCCCACAGCCCUCGCCAGCUCCGUGAUGGAGCCAGCAGCCGUGUGGGUGGCCGAUCCGGCCGCCCAGCUAGGAGCGGCCGCUCAUCUGUGGCUCAUCUGUGGCUCAUCUGUGGCUCUCCCUGCAGAACCCCAUCAGGUGCUUCACAUGUGUCAUAUGAAGCGCCUCAGCAUCUUGAAGUAGAAUCACAUAUUAGAAGACUAAUCACAUUGACUAUGAAUAUGUCUAUCAGGGGCAUAGCUACAAUUGAACAAGGUGGGGGGACAAAUGUCCCUGGGUUAGUGGGACUCACUAGCUGGGUGACAACGUCUGCUUUUCUAGCACCUCUGUGAAGAAGGGGGGACAUCUUCACUUUUUGUCCCAGAGCCAGCUCCAACCUUGCUAUGCCCCUGGUGUUUAUAGCAUAAGUCAAGACAAUAAUCAUUUUGAACUGUAGCUUCUCAGGUUCUUUUCAGAUUUAUACUCUUCCCCUAAACUUAGGGGUACUUCAGACAAUAUAAUAUUGACUAUGGCUUCUCAGUCCAUGUGCUAUAUGUAGACAAGUUGUGGAAUUGUCAUGUGAGCAAUUGCAAUUUCCUGCAAAGAGGUUUUUUUUCCAUGAAGGAACUGUGUUACAUUUGAAGAUGGUCACGGUUCUAUGAAGGUUCUUUGGUAGUGUCCUAUCAAUGGAUGGCCAAUGGGCUUUAUUGUUGUAGACGAACGCAAUCUACAGCUACAAAUGCCUGAAACCUUGGAGAACUGCAGUUAGUCAUGUAUGCAGUACCGAGCUACAUGCACCAAUGGUCUGACAGUAUAAUGUAGCUUCCUAAGCUCUAUGUAUGUUGACAUGAGAUAUCUGCAGAUGGACAAGAAACUGCAAGUGGAGCAGAGAGUUCUGAUUCAGCCAUUCCCACAAGCUAAUCAAUAAGAGCUUAAGUUUUUUUUGUGAUACAGUAUUUUCUGUUACAAUAUAUAUAUACUCUGCGUGCACAGCUGGGCGGGUGGGGAGGAAGGCAGGGUUCAACCGAUCUUCCCCCAGAUGACUGCUCUGAGCCCCUGAGGCACACAAGCUGCACACCCACACGGCCAGGCCAGGGGCGUAGCUAGGAGAGAGGGGGCCCGUGUUCAUCCCUCUCUCUGGUGGCCCCCCAGAGUGAAGGAGAUAAUGAAGAAAAUAGGGAAGGAUGGAGCUGGAGGGCCCUCAGGAGCUUGAGGCCCGUGUUCUUGGAACCCUUUCGCUCAAUUAUAGCUGCGCCCCUGCGGCCAGCACUGAUAGCUGGAGGACUCUCAGCACUGCUCCUGGCAGCGCAGGUAAACAGAGGCCAGGACUCGUUGUCCUGGCCUCCAACGAUCCAACAGUGCACCACGUGCCGAGCACCACGGGGGGAUUCUUCCGGGAGACAGGCACUCUAGGCGCCUAUCUCUGUGUCAGUAUGAGCUGCAAGCAGCUCACGCUGAAACACGAUGAUGGGAGCCAGGUUAAAGGUCCAUUUGCACCCUUAACUUCAGCUAAGAGCUGGGUUUCCGUGCUGGGUUUAGCGCCACAACAUCACCGGGAUCCAUGUGGCUCCCAGUGGUUCUCACGGGAUCCAAGCACCCAAGCUUGGCAGCUUCAGCCUGGGCUUGGCUGCUCAUGAGAACAGGCUCCUUCUUAUAUUGAGUUUACAUAAGGUAUAUUCCUUUCAUUGACCAAGCAUAACUCUCUAUGUAUAAACACUGUUGCAUCAACAUUUAUCCUCUGUAUAUUUCAAUCACGAUAAAUAAAAUAUAUUUUAAGACACAA